CGAGAUCUUUACCGUGGGUGAGCGAGAAAUUAACGGUAUUUUGGAUAUUGUAUAUUUGGGUUUUAAAUGCGCAUCCCUUUGUGUGCAAUGUACCAGAUAUAUUCCUCAAGACCUGCUGUCAAUGGUGAGCAAACUCUAGGAAUCUGAGUAUCUCCGGGGAACGUGCACAGGGAUCCUUUUAAACUGGCUGCAGCUGGGAUGUUUGCUACUGGGAUGCUGCAGCAAAGCAGCGGUGGACCGAACAAACGAUUGCUGGGAAUGGCACGGCUACCCAACUCCCACUUUUUCCCCCUCUCCUCGGGCUCAGGGUCGUGGGGUUUGGGGCAGUCGGUGAAGAGUGGCUCUCUUAGCUCCAUCAGCUCUGGAUCGGACAGUUUGGAGACGGUGGGGGCUGAUCCCGACUACAUCAUGCAGAUGGUCAGUGAUGUGCGGAGAUUUGCAGAUGGUCUGCUCCACCUCAAGGAGGCUUUUAACACCAAAGAACACCAGGACUGUCUACAUCAAGUGGUUCACGAGCGUCUGGGAGAGCUGUUGCGUGUACUAAAAGCUGUGAUUUCUAAACACCACUCCCUCAAUUCGGUGGAAAUCCUCAGUGCAGCUGGGACCCUCAUCGCAAAGGUCAAAGGUGUGAACUUCAAGGAAGUGAAUGAAGACAAUAAGCAGACACUCUUUUCAGAGAUCUACACUUCCAUAGAUACAUUGGCCUUCACGUUUGGCAAUGUAGUGUCUGACUUCCUUAUGGGAGAUGUAGAGAACGGCUCGACUUCGGGGCUUUCUCAGACCUGCAGGAGCAGGUCCUUCGAAAACCUGAUGGUGGAGUCUGGAGGAUGUGGACUGGAAAAUGAAGACCCACCAGGUCCCUCCCCGCCCGUGCGGGUGGAGGAGAUGGACGGAGCUUUGCUCCGGAGUGACAGCGGAGUGGAGUCGGCCUUGCUCUAUGCCAAAGCCUGGUCAAAAUAUACCAAGGAGCUCCUGGCCUGGGUGGACAAACAUCUAAAUAUGGACAUCGAAUGCGCAAAGAGCUAUGCUAAGAUGGCUGAAUCUGCAAAGGCAUUGGCGACUCAACAGGAGCACAUGCCAUUCCGGGAUAUUUACAUUUCUGCCUUCAAGAACGAUAUUGAAUAUAGCCAGUUAAUCAUGCUAACCACGGCUGCGCUCCAAUCAAACAAAUUCACGCAGCCUUUGCAGACUCGAAAGAAUGAACUCGACAAAUUAAGAAAGGAGGUGAAGGAACAAUGGCAGAGAGAGCAGAAGAAAAUGAAUGAAGCAGACAGUGCACUGAAGAAGGCCAGGCUGUUGAAGGCGCAGAGGCAGGAGGAGUACGAGAAAGCCCGCUGCUCCACCAGUCGAAUUGAGGAGGAACAAACUGGAACCCUAGCAGCAAAACAGCUGGAAAAGAGACGCAAGCUAGAGGAGGAAGCUCUGCAGAAGGCAGAGGAAGCCCAAGAACACUACAAGCAUUGCAUCGCCGAUGUCGGGGUAAAGAAAGUGGACCUGGCCAACACCAAGAGUGAGAUCCUUACUCAGAUACGAGAGCUUGUGUUUCAAUGCGACCUGACCCUUAAAGCAGUUACAGUUAACUGGUUUCAGAUGCAGCAGGCCCAGGUGGUGUCCCUUCCUGUAAACUUCCAGUCACUAUGUGAGAAUGCUAAACUGUAUGAACCCGGACUAUGUUACACUGAAUUUGUGAAAAGUCUGCCCUAUGACCAGACCAGAGGGGAAUCCUUCUCUUUUGACAUCUCUGGGACACAGAACACAGGGUUGACCCUCUCAAAGCGAGUGAAUAGCAGUCACCCAUCCCAGGUGCCUCUCACACCUGGAGACUUCCUGAGCGCAGACGAGGUGGAAAGUCACGUCCAAGCACGCACAGGAAAGAUCUUGGAAGGUCGCUCAAACAGUAGUACUGAUAUACAAGCUCUGAAGACCCUGGGUCCGUUCCGUGCCUGGAGAAACAGCAGUCAGGGCGGAGGCAUGUGCAGUGACUCUGAAAGCGCCGGAGGAAGCAGUGAAUCUCGCUCCAUGGACUCUCCAAUGGCAAGCCCAGGUGACUUUAAGAGAAGGCUUCCUAGAACUCCAUCAACAGGAACUAUGUCUUCAGCAGAUGACCUGGAUGAGAGAGAACCGCCAUCUCCCUCAGAUAAUGGUCUGAGCGAGAUGGUUACGGAGGCAGCUAGCUCUCCCGGACCCUUCCGGAACACGCAGAUGUCUAAAGCGGCUCAGACGCACAAGCUACGUAAGCUCCGCGCUCCGUCAAAAUGCAGGGAGUGUGAUAGUCUUGUGGUUUUUCAUGGUGCUGAAUGCGAGGAGUGUUCCCUUGCUUGUCAUAAGAAGUGUUUGGAGACUCUAGCGAUUCAGUGUGGACAUAAGAAGCUACAAGGAAAACUACAUCUGUUUGCUGUCGACUUUGCUCAGGCAGCCAAGAACAGUCCUGACAGGAUCCCCUUUAUUAUCAAAAAGUGCACCACCGAGAUUGAAAACAGGGCUCUGAACAUAAAGGGAAUCUACCGUGUUAAUGGGGCCAAAUCAAGAGUGGAGAAGCUUUGUCAGGCUUUUGAGAAUGGUAAAGACCUGGUGGAGCUUUCAGAUCUUUAUCCUCAUGAUAUCAGCAAUGUCUUGAAACUCUACCUUCGCCAGCUGCCAGAGCCCCUCAUUCUGUUCCGUUACUAUAACGACUUCAUUGGAUUGGCCAAAGAGAGUCAGAGUAUCAUUGUUGAUGAAGUAGAGGCAUCAAGAGGAAGACCCACCUCCGACUGCCUGCAGAUCAGCGUGGAGCUCAACCGGGUCCUUUUCAAAAUUAAAGACCUGCUGCGUCAGCUGCCUCCAGCCCACUACAAAACCCUACAGUUCCUCAUUCAGCACUUGCACAGAGUAUCAGAGAGGGCUGAUGAAAACAAGAUGACUGCCAGUAAUCUGGGCAUCAUUUUUGGCCCCACGCUGCUCAAACCCCGACAGGCUGAUGCAGAGGUCUCGCUCUCCUCUCUGGUGGACUACCCUUACCAAGCCCUGGUUGUGGAGCUCUUGAUCCGGCAUUAUGAGAUGAUCUUCGAUACUCCACUGAGUCCUCUACCACCUUCCUCCCCUGUGGGAGAGAGCUCGCCACUCCCUAUCAAAUCACGCUUCACCUCUCAGGAGAAAGGACAACAGCUUAGCCGACAUUCAAAGUCCCUGGUGGACAUUAAAGAGCAGCAACAGCCAAAGGCUAGGGCGUAUAAAAGACAUUCCUCCGUAAUACCUUCCAUACACCUGAUGGAUGAAGUGAAAGAGGGGAAGAUAAGGUCUGACAAUGAUUUUGGAGCAGCUGAAGAUGUUGAUGGACAAGACCUCAACAGCCUCUUAUCAACAAGUGUCCCUGAAAUGCAGAACUCACCUGGCCUCACCCGCCGCAACCACGUCUCCAGAGUUCAGCUGCGUCCUCCAAGACCCAAGUUGGGCUCUCGACCAAACAGCAUGCCAGCUGAGCGGCUCCUCAACCUCGCCAAGGUCGACGAGUGUAAUGUAAAAAACUCGGUAGAACAACAAGACAACCACAGUCGGGAUCCCGUCAUUGAAGAAGUGUCAGAAGAGGAGAGACCCAAGUUCAGAGCAGCCAGUCAUUAUAGGAAAUCAUACAUCGAUACACAGACACUCCGAAAGACUUGGGACAAGCAGUAUAAGCAUCCUGACAUCACCUCUAAGACAUUUGUUAUCACGGCCAAUUCUUCCGUCGACUCCGGAGCCAGUGAUUCCAGCAUUCUCUCUUCUUCUGUUACUUCAUCCUUUUCCUCGGAACACAUCAAAAACACCAGCACCAUCCAUGCUAAUGGACCCUACACUAUUGCUUUUAGGCCUGGGCGAACUUUAAGUAGGGAAGGAAAUGUUAGUGAGUACUGCCCUAUUCCGACAGCUUUCAGGCCACCAAGGACUCUGCAACCUCCUCCUGGAACGUUCUAUAAACCUCCAGGGAGGAAAAACAAAACAUUGGCAAAGUUUGAGCUAAAGACUGGCAGAGCAACAGCUAACAGCACUGAGGAGGAAGAGGAGGAUGACAAUGAUGAGGAAGAGGAAGAGUUUGGUGUGGAAGUUUCAGUUGAUGAGCCUGAUCUGGACCCAGAACCUUCUCCAGAGCCUGAAGCCCAGUCUUCCAGCUCCAGUCAGAAGGAACUUGUGCAAAAUGAAACCAAACCCGUAUACCAGAGACUUCGGUCCCAGCGUAUACUGGAUCUCGAACACAGGGAGGCUCAUUUUGUCUGAGAUCUGGACUCGUACACUAGAACAUGUUGUUUAGGUGGAAAUGUUUCCAUAACUGUGAAGAGAUCCCAAGGAGGUGUUAUAUAGAGUGUAUCUACUCAUAAUGUAUAUUUAUAUAUUCUGCAUCUGUUAUUUGUUAUAAUCAAGCAAACACUUGGACAAGAAUUUACACAGUAUGCAAUUAAAUUAAAAUGUUUUUAAUUGAUCACAUCACUUAUGCACCCAUGCAAAGACAAAACAACAAUUUUAAUGCAUUAUAACACAGGAACGUCACUGCCACUGCACAAUUUCAUUUAUGCUGUAAAUGAUUUUUGUUAAAUGUAACUAUAAGGAAGCCAUUCAUGGAUUGCUCUUAUGUCCACAUUAAUCCGGAUAAAUUUGAAUUAUGCUUUGGCCUUCCAUCUAAAGGUCUGCAUUCUUGCGAAACUUCUGCAGGACCCGAGGGACCCAGAUUUCUUGGGCAUGGGAUUACAUUUCAAAGUUUAAAGCGGUAGUGGAAGGUAUGUCCAUGAGUUGUGUGUGGGAGCGGGCAGUCAGAGAAGUGCCUAAAAACCUGAUGUGGAUAUCUAUUUUUAUAUUAUUAAUUUAUGAAUGCAAUAAUUAUUAUUAUUAUUAUUAUUUUUAUUUUACAAUGUAUUUAUUUUUGGUUAACAAUAAACAGAAAAUCCAACAUAAAAAUGUGCACACAACACGUGCAUCAAUUGAUCCACUAUUUAGAGCAGACUAUAGUCAACGGUGCUUUACAAAAAUGGCAGAGAAAAGUCUGGACACACUGUGUCAUGAAAGGAUGUGAAACCAACCUUAGACAAGUCAGAAGGGCGUUACAUCAUGCGUCAUCUGAUAAUAGCAAUAACAGAAAAUAAAACGUUAUUUGCAUACAUUGUUAUCUAUUUGUAUGGCUUUUGCUCGAUGAGAAAAAUAAAUGAAAGAACAGGGUGGGGGGAAAGGAAAUCACUGCGGCCAGAGAGUGGAUGAACAUGGAGUAAAAUUCAGCGGGAGUGUUCAAGUGCGGGAUAGAAAAUUGCGGGAGCGGGAUGGAUAAAACAGUCCCCGCACAGACCUCUACUUCCAUCCACACUGAGACAGAGUUUUUGUCCAGCGAAACAAAAUGUUCAAAAAUGUUCACCCUUAGUGGAUACAUUUGAAAAUGCUGUAUUCCCCUAAAAAACUUAGAUAUUCAAGAACAAUUACGUAUUUGCUCUCAUUUGUUUCAGUCAUGUGAUUCAUUCAAAACAAUCAAGAUGAUAGAAACUCAUAAAUGAAUUAAACAUUUGUAAAUGGAGCGUGUUUCAAACCGAAAAUGUGUUUUCAAAUUUUCCGGAUUAUUGUGGAAGUGCAAAUAGUGGCUCUGUGGCACUAUGAAAACAGUGCUCUGUUUGUUUGAGCAUCCCAGUUACUCCAACACAUUAACACUGGCUCAAUCUGUUUCAUGAGUUUGAGGUGAGACUAUCUGACUGACUUGGAAACCUGCUUGAAAACAGUCGUUAUUUUUCAGUUUCUGUUUUAUGGUGCAGAAAUGACAUCCUUCACCUUUAAAUCCUUGUUUUAAUGUAUUGUGUAUAUUUCUGUAUUUUAUGUUUUACACGCCAAAACCGAAUCGACCAAGCUGUUACAGUUGUGAGGAUUGUCACUUUAUAGUAAUCAUAAAAAUGCACUUAUUAGACUUAAUGGAACCACAUGUUUCUUGCUACUGAAAUGUUGAACUACAGGCAGUUACUUUUGUUAUUCAAGAAUUACAAACCGAAAGAAUCUGACCUGUUCGAGUGUGUAAGAAAUCCAAAUACUAGCUGUAAUAUACACUUGUUAAAAAGUGCAAACAUGUUUUAUUUUUAUUGUUUAUAAUUUUUUACACAGGUAAUGUUCUUAUUAUGAAAUUAUUGUUUAUUUUUCUGCUAACAGAGAGCUCUCAGAGAUACAUUUUGAUCCAUGCUUAUAUUUACUGUAUGUACAGUAUGUUCAUAUACUAUUGUAACAAUGCCCAAAGUUUUACUUCGUUUUUUCAGAUAGACCAGAUACAUAUGCAUAAGUAGACCUAUACUGUAUGUGACUAUACCUAAAACAUGCAAAUCAAGCCAAAGUUAGUGUCUUCAUUUAUGAGAGUCCACUGGCUGGUUGUCCAACAUGAAUUAGCCUGGCCUGUAUAGCAUUUUCAAUGGAAAUGUAUUUCAUUUGAUGUCUAGUCCAGACCAAUGCUUAAUCAGUGUCUUUUGUAAAUGGGAUCCAAGUAUCUGUCUGAAUUUAAGUGAUUUCGAUUUUUUUUUUACUGUAUUUUCAAGAUGUCUUACCUUCCCUCAAGUGUAUGAACAGGUACAUGUGAGAAUACACACUUGUAACUUAUUAAAACCAGA